AUGACUGUCAGAAUGACUCCAGAAAAAAUUAAAGAAAUCAUAGAAUGUUGUGAAACCAUGAUCAAAAAGAAAAGGGUCACGAUAAGAGAGUUUGCACAGCUCAUUGGCAAAUUAGUAGCUUCUCAACCAGGGGUAGAAUAUGCACCCCUUUUCUAUAAACCUUUGGAAAGGGUUAAAGACAAGAUGUUGACUAUACAUAAGGGCAACUUCAAUAGCUUUAUGACAAUUCCACAGUCUGUAUACCCUACCAUAACUUGGUGGAUAGAAAACCUUCAAUCGGCCUUGAAAUGUGUGUCUCAUGGAGCCCCUAAUAUGAUACUUUAUUCUGAUGAGUCGAGCACUGGGUGGGGAGCAUACAAUAAAACUGAAGAAAAAAGGAUCGGGGGGAUGUGGUCACUAGCAGAACAAGCCCUUCACAUUAAUCUGCUGGAAUUGAAGGCUUGCCAUUUGAAUUUAUUGAUGUUCUGUAAGAAUGCCAGAAACCAACAUAUAAAAAUUUACAUGGACAACACAACAAGUUGUGCAUAUAUCUCUAAGUUAGGGGGCAAAAAAUCAAAUGCUCUAGCUAGGGAAAUUUGGUUUUGGUGCAUCGAGAGGAAACUUCAUCUCACGGCUGCACAUAUAGCAGGUCACAAAAAUGUUGAAGCUGAUAAAGAAUCUAGGAUCAUUAAUGAUGACUUAGAACGGUCUUUAUGUUGGCAAGUUUUUGAAAUAAUUACACAACUUCACCCAGGGUUAUCAGUAGACCUGUUUGCAUCAAGACUAAAUUUUAAAUUGCAGAAGUAUGUUUCACGCAGACCUGAACCUAACACAUAUGCAAUUGAUGCAUUUUCCUUGACAUGGUCACAUGACUUCUAUUACUUGUUUCCUCCUUUCAGUCUUCUGCCACGAAUCCUGCAAAAGAUAGCAGAAGAUCAGACGGAAGCAGUGUUAGUUGCACCAAUACGGCCAACUCAGACCUGGUGGCCCAGCCUCCUUCAAGUGAUAGUAGGCGAAUGUUACAACCUGCCAAGUCCUCAAAAGUGCCUGUUCUUGCCGAACAAGCCAGACCGGAAACAUCCAUUGAGAAAGAUGAAAUUCAGACUUUUUCGAGUAUCAGGACGGCGCUCAAAGAUAAAGGUGUCCCUAAACAAGCUAGAGAUAUCAUUCUUAAGUCAUGGCGAACAGGCACUAAACAGCAAUACAAUACCUACAUUUCUAAGUGGUUCAGAUUCUGCUAUGAUAAAAUUGACCCCUUUAAACCUUCCAUAA